CGCAGAGGCGGCUGGGACUGCUCUUGGUUCCAAGAUGGCGGCCGCGGCUGCAGCACCGACUGGGAUGAGUUCGGGGGGCCCGUCCCUUACCGGGACCCUCAACAAGAAAAAGAAGCCGUUUCUUGGCAUGCCGGCGCCGCUGGGCUAUGUUCCUGGUUUGGGCAGAGGUGCUACUGGUUUCACAACACGUUCUGAUAUUGGUCCUGCUCGAGAUGCCAAUGACCCAGUUGAUGACCGUCAUGCUCCCCCAGGAAAAAGAACUGUUGGUGAUCAAAUGAAAAAGAACCAGGCAGAUGAUGACGAUGAAGAUUUGAAUGACACCAAUUAUGAUGAGUUUAAUGGAUAUGCUGGAAGUUUGUUCUCAAGUGGACCAUAUGAAAAAGAUGAUGAAGAAGCUGAUGCAAUCUAUGCUGCAUUGGACAAGAGAAUGGAUGAAAGAAGGAAAGAUAGAAGGGAACAGCGUGAAAAAGAAGAAAUUGAAAAAUACCGAAUGGAACGUCCAAAAAUCCAGCAACAGUUUUCUGAUCUGAAGAGAAAACUGUCAGAAGUUACAGAAGAAGAAUGGUUGAGUAUUCCUGAAGUUGGGGAUGCUCGUAACAAACGUCAGCGAAAUCCUCGCUAUGAGAAACUGACACCUGUACCAGAUAGUUUCUUUGCCAAACAUUUGCAAACUGGAGAACAACACACAUCUGUGGAUCCCAGACAAACGCAAUUUUCUGGCUUGACAUCACCUUACCCUGGUGGCUUGAAUACACCAUACCCAGGUGGAAUGACGCCCGGCCUGAUGACGCCUGGAUCAGGAGAGUUGGACAUGAGAAAAAUUGGUCAAGCCCGAAACACCUUGAUGGACAUGAGACUGAGCCAAGUGUCUGAUUCUGUCAGUGGACAAACCGUUGUUGACCCUAAAGGCUAUCUGACCGACUUGAACUCUAUGAUUCCAACACAUGGUGGAGAUAUUAAUGACAUUAAAAAAGCCAGACUACUACUAAAGUCAGUACGCGAGACCAAUCCCCAUCAUCCCCCAGCAUGGAUUGCAUCUGCAAGACUUGAGGAAGUAACAGGCAAACUGCAGGUGGCCAGGAAUCUAAUUAUGAAAGGAACAGAGAUGUGCCCAAAGAGUGAAGAUGUUUGGUUGGAAGCAGCCCGACUGCAGCCUGGUGACACAGCUAAAGCAGUGGUAGCAAAUGCUGUCAGACACCUGCCACAGUCUGUUCGUAUAUACAUACGCGCUGCAGAAUUAGAAACAGACAUUAGAGCCAAGAAGCGAGUUUUGAGGAAAGCCCUGGAGCAUGUGCCAAAUUCAGUGCGUUUAUGGAAAGCGGCAGUUGAAUUGGAGGAACCUGAAGAUGCACGGAUUAUGCUCAGUAGAGCUGUUGAAUGCUGCCCUACUAGUGUUGAACUUUGGCUUGCUUUAGCAAGAUUGGAAACCUAUGAGAAUGCUCGGAAAGUGCUCAACAAAGCAAGAGAAAACAUCCCAACAGACAGGCAUAUUUGGAUUACUGCAGCAAAACUAGAAGAGGCUAAUGGAAAUACUCAGAUGGUCGAAAAAAUCAUUGACAGAGCUAUUACUUCACUUAGAGCUAAUGGAGUGGAAAUUAAUCGAGAACAGUGGAUUCAGGAUGCUGAAGAAUGUGAUAGAGCAGGAAGUGUUGCCACCUGUCAGGCCAUUAUUCGUGCAGUUAUUGGAAUUGGUGUUGAAGAAGAAGAUCGGAAGCAUGCAUGGAUGGAGGAUGCAGAAAGUUGCAUUUCCCAUGGAGCGCUCGAAUGUGCAAGAGCAAUUUAUGCACAUGCACUCCAAGUCUUCCCAAGCAAAAAGAGUGUGUGGCUGAGAGCUGCCUACUUUGAAAAGAAUUAUGGCACCAGGGAAUCUUUGGAGGCCCUUUUACAGAGAGCUGUGGCUCAUUGCCCAAAAGCAGAAGUCCUUUGGCUGAUGGGGGCCAAGUCCAAAUGGUUAGCUGGGGAUGUGCCUGCAGCUAGGAGCAUUCUUGCACUUGCUUUCCAGGCUAACCCUAACAGUGAGGAGAUUUGGUUGGCUGCAGUUAAGCUGGAGUCUGAGAAUAAUGAAUAUGAAAGAGCACGGAGACUCCUGGCUAAAGCUAGGAGCAGUGCUCCUACUGCAAGAGUAUUUAUGAAAUCUGUGAAAUUAGAGUGGGUGUUGGGAGACAUUCCUCGAGCUCGAGAGUUGUGUGAUGAAGCACUGAAACAUUAUGAAGACUUCCCAAAACUAUGGAUGAUGAAGGGUCAAAUUGAAGACCAAGUUGAAAAUAUAGAGAAAGCCCGUGAAGCUUACAAUCAAGGGUUAAAGAAAUGUCCACAUUCCAGCCCCCUUUGGUUGCUUCUAUCCAGACUUGAAGAGAAAGCUGGUAAUCUUACAAGAGCAAGAGCCAUCUUAGAAAAAGCACGGCUGAAAAACCCACAAAAUCCGGAAUUAUGGUUGGAAUCCGUAAGACUAGAAUAUAGGGCUGGUCUGAAAAAUAUUUCCAAUACAUUAAUGGCAAAGGCUCUUCAAGAAUGUUCCAAUUCUGGUAUUCUUUGGGCUGAGGCUGUUUUUCUGGAAGCAAGACCACAAAGAAAAACCAAAAGUGUAGAUGCUCUGAAGAAGUGUGAGCAUGAUCCUCAUGUCCUCCUAGCAGUGGCAAAACUGUUUUGGAGUGAACGCAAAAUAACCAAGGCCAGGGAGUGGUUCCAUAGGACUGUAAAAAUUGAUCCUGAUCUUGGAGACGCUUGGGCUCUGUUUUACAAAUUUGAACUACAGCAUGGCACUGAGGAACAGCAUGAGGAUGUGAAAAGGCGGUGUGAAAAUGCAGAGCCAAGACAUGGAGAGUUAUGGUGUGAAGUAUCAAAAGACAUCAAGAACUGGCAAAGAAAGAUUGGAGAGAUUCUUAUGCUUGUAGCUGCUCAAAUAAAAAAUACAUUUUGAAAUUUUGUUUAAAGAUCUAAGUGUGUCUAAACAUUGUAUUUUCUUCUUUUGAAAUAGAUUAAUACUUCAGUGCAGAAAUUUGUGUCUGUUCUGCCUUCCUCUAUGUAAUUUAAUUACAUGAAAUUUAUCCAACUUCUAAGAAUUUUUUGUUGGGUGACAUGAUUCCUGUGUUGUGUACAAAACUAUUUUUAAAAAAUCAUCCUAGUUUUAUUUACCAGUGGAUAAUAUAUUUUUUAAAAACCGAUGAUUUGAUGCUAGUUGUAGUGUAGUAGCUGUUAACUGUUAAAGAGGAUAGAAAAUAUGGCAAAUAGAUUGACCCUGUUGCUACAGGAAACAUGUAUAAAUGUCAAGAGAAAUCAUAUGUAUUUGUUGUCUGAGCAAGUUGUUUAAAUUACCAUGUUACCUGUAAAUGGACUUGUACGCCUAUUCAGUAUGAAUACUUUUUAAUAAAGUUCAAAGUGAAAA